CCAUCCAUAUCCAAGCAGUUCUCUCGCAAGUAUUAUCAAAAUGAGUUCCAGUGGCAACACUCCCUACACUGUUACUGUCGAAAAUACUAUAAUGCUCCAGUCCAGUGAGGACCAGCUGACGAACUUUUUCACGCAGGCUGCAGAACUCCUCCCCAAGUAUUUGCCCAAUAUAUACAAGAAGAUCACGCCAUGCCAGUCGAGCAAGGGUGUAUAUACAUUUAAAAUCGAGUAUGCUAAUGGAUGUCCAAUCGAGACAGAGACAGACCAGAUUGAUAAACUGGAUCUUGAAAAACUGCAAUGCUUUUACUCUGUAAUUGAUGGAGAUGUGCUGAAGUAUUACAAGAAUCUCAAAGUCACUGUUACUUUGUAUCCUCAAGAGAAAGGUUGCAAGGUGAAAAGGGCGUAUGAGUAUGAGAAGGUAGAUAACAGCUUUGCUCCAGCAUUCUUCGAGUUCGAAAUCGCUGUCCUCAUUCAGGUGGAUCAAGUGAUUCAAAAUGCUCCUACCAAAAAAUACUGAGGCAUAUGUUGCCUCACGUGCAGCAUGCAUGGAAUAUUAGAUAGUAAAUAAAACUCAUCUCCCAGGAUACUUGGAGAUGCUGUCCCAUGCAAGCUGUUAUCGUAUGAAUAUGGUAAAUAAAGUGGACUACUGCUCCACCCUGCACUUGUAAUACGCAAGUGCAUGUUGUAUUUGGUUGUCGUUUGUAUCAUGUUUGCAAAUGGAGAUGGGUUACCUGUCUCCUAGCUUUGUAAAAUAUUUGGUGUUUUAUGGUAUUAUGUUUUCUUA